CAACAUGAUGAGAGCUCCAAAAUUGAAUACACUGGAUGCCGAGAGUGUCUAUUCACCACAGUGCAGGAUAUAUCAAAGCCCUUACCCCGUGCGUGUUGCCUCAGGAUGCUCAAUGCUCUAACAGCCGAGCCAGGCGAAAAACAACCACCCUAUGCCUACCACCACUGUCUACAUCGACAGAAAAAGCCUCUCCAUGAUGUCUGUGAUGCUGUCCACCUUUGUGCACAGCAGGUUGAUGGCUUCAGUCUUGUCUAUCCACGGCGUACGGCUCAAGGACGGCAGCUGGCUCUUCUGGAUGGUAACACCGAUGUUGGUGGUGGGAUUAACGUUGAGGAGAUGAGCUACAGGUGCUUUGUCCCAUUGCACUCGAGCCACAUCCAUAGGGAUGGGGUCUUCGGUCUCAAUGUAUUCUUCCUCAUCGUCCCCAGGGAAGUGAACAUCCUUGAAUUCAUCGACGUCAACGUCAGCAUCUGCAUCACCGCUAUCGUUACCAACUCCAACGCAUCUUGCGUCAAUCAGCCCAACAAGGUCCGGAUCAACGUUAGUGACAUCCAUAUCCUGGUCCUCGGCCCUAGCUGCCCGCGCCAUUCUCGAAAGCUUCCAGGCGAGCUUCAUGUCCCAUCCACGCAUUCAGGAGCUCGUACUCUUUCAUUUGCUGGUCAAGGCUCUUGCCCUUGUCGCCACUAG